AUGGUGAAGUACUCCCGCGAGGCCUCGCACCCGAACAAAUGCUGCCCGGGGACUCAUGGGUUGGGGGGGUUGCUGUGCAUGCAGCAGCAGCAGCAGCUGCUGCAGCUGCAGCUGCAGCUGCAGCAAGCAGUUAUGUGUGCUUAUAUGGUGCCGCCUCUAGAGGCAUGCAUGGGUCAGAAGAGUAUCUGCUGCUUCAUUGAGAUGCGUGGGAUCGCCUCUGGGGAUCGCCUCUGGGGAUCGUGGGGAUCGUCUCCAGGAGACAGUAGAAGCGGAGGCCUCUCUGGCUUCGUAGCUCCGCUGUCUCCUUUGGGAUCGUGUUUAUGGGAUCGUGUCGCUUGGGAUCGUGUGGGCGCGAAGGCGCAGGGUCAGGAUCUGCGUGUUCACUUCAAGAACACGUACGAGACUGCGAUGGCGAUUAAAAAAGAUAAGAAGGGCAGACCUAUGAAGUUGAGUGCUGCUCUGCAGUACCUGCACCAAGUAAUAGAGAAGCAGCGAUGCGUACCUUUUAGGAGAUAUAACAACAACAUCGGGAGAACAGCACAAGCAAAAGAAUUUAAGCUUUCUCAAGGAAGGUGGCCUGUUAAGAGCUGCAAGGUCCUCAUAGGUCUCUUGAAAAAUGCGCAAGCUAAUGCUGAGGUUAACUCGAAUUAG